AUGGACUUUGAUCCGUUGUCCUUGUACACCGCAACUCCAGCCAGAGAUGCCACGAGUUUUGCAAGUGAACCACUAUCAUCCAAAGUGAAACUGCCCCCUUUAAAGCAAUCAGAAGCUUUGGGUUCAGAAAGCGCACGCAUUUAUGACGACAUCUGCAAUGACGAAGAAAACGAUGACAUGGUACCACUACAUAUAUUGGAUUUGCCGUUGCUACGUUUACAACCACCCUAUGCUGUACUUGUCAUCAUUUUGAAGCUCAUGGCUCCCGACGAAGUACUCAAUUUUGAACGACACCCGUACCAACAAAGCGCCAAGCGAGAUGAAGAUACCAUCUUCAAGGAAAAGGCUGUUUCGUCGAACCAGCUACAAGAGGCUUUACCUUGGCUAGUCAAAAACAGUUCUCGAUUACGGACACCCUUUCAACUAAGUUGCGUUCCUCACUUGGCGCUGGCAUUGCGUUCAAAUUUUACAAACGAAUAUAACGCAUACAUGACGCGCAUAAUUUCUAAUGAGCUUUCAUGGCUUAACGAGAAAGAGAAGGAGGAAAUCCAUUCAUUGGCCAGCUUAAGGAUUAGUGAAAAUUGUGGACGCAUGGCUCAGCCGCAACUCAAGCGAAAGAUCCAAUUGGCCCAUCUCGAACAAUACGGCAGGAAAUACAUUUUUUUGAAUGAACCAUCAAUGACCAAUGAUAAUCUUGGUUUGAAAACCUGGGGGAGCUCAUUGAUUCUUGGGUCAAGAUUGUUGCGCGAAGGUCAGAGGGCUCCAUUGCUACAAACCCCAGUUUUGGAGUUGGGUUCGGGAACUGGACUUGUUGGGAUAUGCUGUUGUUUGAUGGGUAUGACAACUACCCUCACGGAUUUGCCCCAGAUUGUACCGAAUUUGAAGAAAAAUGUCGAAUUGAAUAGCCUAGAGGCGAAUUCAUCUUGCGUGGAAUUGGACUGGUCAGCUCCACAGGGCUCACCUGUGUAUGGCAAAACGUUUUCUACCAUAGUAGUGAGUGAUCCUGUGUAUUCAGCCCAGCAUCCGUACUGGGUAGUCAAUAUGAUUGAUUUGUUCUUGAAAUCAAACGAUAGCCAAAACUCAACUCCCUAUAAUGUGUUGAUUGAAGUUCCAUUGCGACCCAAGUUUGAAAAUGAGCGACAGUUGCUAUGGGACUUGAUGCUGGAAAAUUUUACUGAAAUGGAAUCAGACAUCGAAAAUGGGUUUGAUGAUUUUGGAGAGAUGAAAUUUUGUUACAAACGGUUUGUGCGAAAAUAG